AAAUAAAAAAAUUUUAAAAAAUAUAUAUGAAAAACUGUUUUUUGCACAUGUGAAAUUAUAUGUUGUAUAUUUAAAUUCCAAAAAUUUUAUGUAAAUGAUUAAAACUACACCGAAAUUGCUGGAAAAAAAAUGAGCAAACAGUGCCCGCAGGAUUACAGCAGAGUUGCUCAUCAAUUUCGCAAAAAAGGCGGUUUCAAAUGCUUGACGUCGCCAAUAUUAGCGGCAUCGCGCUGCGGUGACUACUUUGGCCCUCAUAGCAAUUACUAUGACAUGCCUAAAGAUCUUGUAUCGCCGUGGUGUUAUCAACAUAGUCUAUCAAACAAAACUGCAUCUUGCCAUGAAAUUCAUCGUAAUUUACGAGCAGCUUCAAGAAAAUCAAGCAUUUUAAUACCGGACACUGCUUCCAAAUGGUAUGCAAGUCAAAGGAAAUUAAAAGAACUAUUGACAAACUGUGGACAGUCGAGUCCGGAAAUGGCUUUAAUGGCCUAUCGUCAAUAUUUCUCCCAAGGUCAAUCGUUAUUUAUUCCACCACCCAUUGAUCGUUUAAAUUUAAAGCAACCAAUAAGGCAGUGUAUUGAAAAGAAAGAGGAGAAAUCAAUGAAGUAUAUGUCGCCAGAAUUCAUGGAAUUGUUACGUAAACAUACUGAAAGCCUGAAAGAGUUACACAAUUUAAACGCUCUGCCCGAUGAAUACGAGCUACAUCCUACAAAACCAAAGAUCAGCAUAGAAGCAUUAAGACCAACUUCAUCAUUAGCCAUACGAUCGGAACAACCCUGUAAAGGUGGAAAAAUGCCAGAUCGCCGAUGUACGAGCUUUACAAAGAGAAGUAAAAAAGUAGUUUCUGAACCAACACUGCACCGAAAAAUUAAGCUAUCUGCAGUGCGUGCUAGGAAAUCUAAGCCUCUGCAGGUGAUAUGGGUAAAGCCAAACAACUUAGAAAUGCGACGCUCGGAUGUAUCUGUUCAUCUGCGCCGUGAAGAAUUUGGGUAUGGGACAGGAAUGCGAAAAGAAGCAUCUCAGGGACAAAGCCAUCAGCAUAAAGGUGCUAUGCGACAAGAAACUUCUACAAGUGACGAAGAAAGCUUUCCAUUAUCUAGUCCACCCAAACCGAGAAAGUAUAGUAUGAAAGCUUUGAAAAAAACAAUUCGCGAGAAGCAAUUAAAAAAAGAUGAUGAUUCACAUCAGGGAGGGACUAGUAAAUCUAAACGCAACCCGAAAAAAUAUAGUGCAAAAGCCUUGAAAACGAGAAGUCGUAGCAGAGAAUUGGAGCAGGAUAACAAUGCACCAGUAAUUCUAGCUAACCGUGAAUCAACACAAAAAUCUCAUAGAGCGUCAACUUCAAACAGCAAAAGAACUUCAAUAGCAAAACUACGGAUGCUAAGAUCCAAUCGAAUCGAAAAUAGAUCUCUUUCAAUUAAGGAAACUCAGUCAGCAAGUCGAAGCGACCAAAGCCCGUUAUCUAAAACAAUUGAACCAAGAAAAUCCCCAUUUAUAUUAAAAAAUCGACGUUCGCUUCAACAAAUAACAGAGGAAAAGGCGAUAAAACCUUAUAAAACUACAGUUGGAGUGCGGGGAUUAUAG